UAUUGUAUAUAAGCAUCUUACUCAUUUCAUAAAACAAGCAAAAAACCAAAGUUUAGACAUAAUAACAUAAUAUCAUCUGUUGAAUUAGUCUUCAUCUAUUUGUUUUUAUGGUAAUCAUGUUAUUUACAUUUCCUUUAUAUCACUUCUCACAGGAUGAAAUUUCAAGCCCUCUCAGCGCUCGAAUUUUCGAGCUUUGUAACCCUGAAUUAUUUCCAGAAGCUUUGCAGAAUUCUGAAGUUACAUCAAGCUCAAAUUGUUGCUAUGAAGAGAAUUCAUCAUAUGCAACAAAUAUAUUAGAUGUAGAAACUAAGUUCAAUAAUAGCAAUAGCAACAAUAAUAGCAAUAGCACCGCCGCCACCAACACCAACAACAAUAACACCAACAACUCCAACAAUAGCAAUAAUCUUUCUGUUAUCUUUGAUUCACAAGAAGAAAUCGACAAUGACAUUUCGGCAUCAAUAGAUUUCUCACUCUCACCAUCAUUCAAUGUUCCUUCAUUCUUACCAGUCACAUCAUCACAGCAAGAACAAUUUGAUUUCAAUUCUCAUGUUCAACAACUAACAUCAUGUUCAUCUGUUGAAGGAUUCACACAGUUUCAUAAUCCAAAUGAUUCAGUUGCACCUCUUUUGGGAACUUCAUUAUCAUUACCACCUGUUUUUGAAGAAGAUUGCAUAACUUCUGUACCUUCUUAUGUUCCUUUGAACCCUUCUUCUCCUUCUUGCAAUUAUCUUAGUCCAGCUGGAAUGGCGUCUUAUAUGCCGCCUCCGCCUGGUUCUCUUGCUACUUCUUUGUCUGCUGAUAGUGCUGGUUUGUUUGGUGGAAAUAUGCUUCUUGGUUCUGAACUUCAAACUCAAGAACUUGAUUAUCAAGGAGAUAAUGGUAGAAUGUAUUGUCCUGAUCCUAUUCAGAGGGUGUUUAAUCCUCCUGAUCUUCAGGCACUUAAUACUGAGAAUCAACAACUAGUAGCUGGUUCUGGUAGUUCUGCAACUUUGACACCAGAAAUCUCAAACUUGGAGGACUCAACUUUUAAGGUUGGAAAACUUUCUGUUGAACAAAGGAAAGAAAAGAUUCACAGAUAUAUGAAGAAAAGAAAUGAAAGAAACUUCAGUAAGAAAAUUAAGUAUGCAUGCCGAAAAACUUUGGCUGAUAGCCGACCUCGAGUUAGAGGAAGAUUUGCAAAGAAUGAUGAUUUUGGAGAUGCACAAAGAACUGCUAGUGGCAAUCAUGAAGAAGAAGAUGAAGAAGAGGUAGCUGUGAAAGAGGAAGAUGAUAUGGUUGAUUCCUCAGAUAUAUUUGCUCAUAUAAGUGGAGUGAAUUCCUUCAAAUGCAACUAUUCUAUCCAAUCAUGGAUUUGACUCAAUAGUUUGAUUAGUAUCUCUAUUAGCUUAUGUAGGUUUUUGCAUGGCCCUAUUCCCUCCACAUUUCUCCUAUAUGCUUGCUUGGGUUUGAUGGAUGAGGAAAUUCAAUAAUUGGGGUCCUAAUACUAUACAAAUAAAGUGAAUGAAGAAUAUAAAUAUAUAGAGAAAUAUUCUCAUUACUUGUAUGAACCUCUAUAAAAAGGUUCAAUUGCUUCCACAUAUUAUAUAUAGUGGAGCUCAAUUAUGUAGUUUCUUUUAUAUUAGUUAGAAACUACUAUAUUUUUUUCUUGGUUUGUUACAUUGAAGGGCCUAAGCUCUUGUUUUGAAAUGUAUUUUUGGUGUAAAGGUUUUAAAUAUUUUUAUUUACUUCAAAAUAUGUUUUUCUUGAAUUGUUAAUGAAAAAGAGAUCCAUAAAUAUUUUUA